AUGGACGAGCGUACACCUCUCAUAUCGACUGUCCCCGUGACUCGACCCCGCCAUGGGUAUCGUCACUCGACUUUCCGCCGAUUCUGCACCAUCGCCCUAGGAAGCAGCCUCAUCGCAAUCGUGAUAUGCUUUCUCGUCCCAUUCGCGAUCCUGCCUCGAGGCCACGGCUCCCUGUCCUCUUACCUUCCCUGGUCUCGGCCCUUUCCCAGUUCAUGGCCGCACAGUAGCGGCAUCACCUUUGAAGAACUCCGAGAUAUCUUAUCGACGACGCCAAAUAUGGACCAGAUACGUUCGUGGAGUGAAUACUACACCGCCGGCCCCCACCUUGCGGGCAAGAACCUUAGCCAGGCCGUGUGGACACGCGAGAGAUGGGAAGAGUUUGGAGUCAAGUCUGAAAUUGUCGCAUAUGACGUCUACAUCAACUAUCCCAUUUCGCACCGGUUGGCCCUCUUCAAAGAAGGGAACCUGAAGUAUGAAUGCAGCUUGGAAGAGGAUGUCAUCGAGGACGAUCCAACAACAUCAUUGAAAGACCGGGUUCCAACCUUCCAUGGCUAUUCUGCAAGCGGCAACGUCACUGCACCGUACGUCUAUGUCAACUUUGGCACCUAUCAAGAUUUCGAAGAUUUACAGGCUGCCAACAUAACCUUGAAGGGGAAGAUUGCAUUUGCAAAAUAUGGACGGAUCUUCCGCGGUCUGAAAGUCAAGCGCGCCCAAGAGCUGGGCAUGGUCGGGGUGGUCAUGUACUCGGAUCCGCAGGAGGACGGCGAGAUCACAGAGGAGAACGGGUACAAACCCUACCCCGAAGGACCCGCGAGGAAUCCAAGCAGUGUCCAGCGAGGCAGUACACAAUACAUAAGCACUCUCCCUGGGGAUCCAACGACUCCUGGGUAUCCCUCCAAGCCGGGAGUACCUCGAGUAGACCCCCAUGGGUCUACGCCUCAGAUCCCCUCGCUUCCCAUUUCUUACACUGACGCUCUUCCCCUCCUCAAGGCGCUCAAUGGCCACGGUCCCAACGCGACAUCUUUUGAUGAACAUUGGCAGGGAGGGGGACUCGCCUACAAGGGUGUGAAUUACAAUAUUGGACCCUCUCCCGACUCUGUCGUCCUGAACCUGGUGAACGAACAAGAUUAUGUGACAACGCCCCUGUGGAACGUGAUUGGCGUCGUCAAUGGGACCAUACCCGAUGAGGUUGUCGUGUUGGGUAAUCACCGAGAUGCAUGGAUCGCAGGAGGUGCGGGAGAUCCAAAUUCAGGCUCGGCGGCGCUCAACGAGGUCAUCCGCUCCAUUGGGCAAGCUCUCGAGGCCGGCUGGAAGCCACUCCGCACUAUCGUCUUUGCCAGCUGGGACGGCGAAGAGUACGGUCUGGUAGGGUCGACUGAGUGGGUUGAAGAGUUUCUUCCCUGGUUGUCCGCCAGUGCGGUGGCUUAUCUCAACGUUGAUGUUGGCGCCCGCGGGAAGCACUUUGAGGCUGCGGCAUCUCCCCUUCUCAACAGGCUCAUCUACAACGUCACCGAUGCAGUCCCAUCACCCAACCAGACCACGAAAGGGCAGUCCGUCGGCGACGUUUGGGACGGUCGAAUCCGAACUAUGGGCUCCGGGAGCGAUUUCACGGCAUUCCAGGACUUUGCCGGUAUUCCGUCCUUGGAUCUCGGCUUCGGUAGUGGUCGAAACGAUGCAGUUUAUCAUUACCACUCCAACUAUGACAGUUUCCAUUGGAUGGACGACUACGGCGACAAAGGAUGGCACUACCAUGUCGCAAUUGCCAAGGUAUGGGGGCUGCUCGCCGCCCAACUUUCGGAAACGCCGAUUUUAUACUUGAGCGCGAGCGAUUAUGCAAACGGCUUGUCAAGGUACCUGGAGGACGUCAAGUCAGGAGCAAAGGAAUAUCCGAUCAUGUCGAGCUUCAGCUUUCGUGAGCUAGACAAAGCUACCACCAAGUUUCGAAAAUCGGCGGCCAGCUUUGACAAAUAUACGGCUAGGUUGGCCCAGCGGCUUACCAAGCAAGUACCAUGGUGGCAAUGGUGGAAAAAGGUCAAACUCUUUUAUGAGGUGCGUAAGGUGAAUGAAAAAUACAAGAUUUUGGAACGGCAGUUUCUCUUCCCUGGCGGACUCGACAACAGGCCUUGGUUCAAACACGUCGUCUUUGCCCCAGGGCGGUGGACAGGCUAUGCCGGAGCCACAUAUCCUGGUCUUGUCGAGAGCUUUGAGGACAGAAACAUAACGAAUGCGGAGCGAUGGGAGCAUAUCAUUAGAGAAAGGUUGGGUGCGGCCACAGAACUGCUGGGGUGA